UGGGUUCGAUGCAGAGCAUCGGAGACGUUGCCGUUGUCCUUGCACGACUCAUCAGAUCCAACCUCAGGCCCGCGCCAGCUAUGUACGGAGCCCUCGAUACGGUGCUCAGUCUCUGCAACUGCAACUCGAUGGUGAGUCCAUCAUCCAUUCAUUGCUCUCUGACUCGUACACAUUUGAAUUUGUUCUCGUUUUUCAGCCUUGCAUGAAGCUGCCAGCUAUUGAGGCCCUCUCUUAAUUACCCAGUUCUGAAUGGAGUCAGUUGAGGUCGUCUAUAAAUUUCCUUGUGAUGUGCUUGCAAACCAAGACUUUGUUGAGGCUUUUCUGCGGGGUCAGGGGAGACGCCAGUGAUCAAGCGGCAGCGGCCUACAGCCUGGGAGACCUGCACAAGGGAGCUGCCAAGAUCUCCAACGACAUCCUCGACUCUGUCGGGGUUUCAUUAUAUGCAACAACAAAAAAUUCGACAACAGUAUACGCGACAAAUGGUGCUAUUUGCGUCUGCUGCAAUCUCCUCAUACUUACCAGGGUUGAGUGCCCAACAUUCCCGAAGAUGGCACCCGAGACGUGUCCGCAGCCAGAAGCAGCGAAGUUGCGGUACAAGAAGCUGGGAGAUUCAGAUCUCCUUAUUAGCGAGAUAACUCUUGGAACAAUGAUCUUUGGAUAGCAAAGAACAGAGAAGCCAUCCCAUGAUAUGCUCUCUUAUUCUUUUAAUCAGGGCAUCAACAUACUGGACACCGCAGAAAUUGCCGGUACACAUUCCUUCCUUCCCUUCGACCACCGUCUUAUUUUCCGAAGUUGAUCCCAGUUUUAAUUGAAAUACUCCACUUCUAUUGGUUGUUACUACCGAAUGCAACCCAAGGAGACUCAAGGGAGGACUGAUCUAUAUGUAGGCAGGUGGAUGAAAUCCAAGCCACGAGACAAAGUACCCUAAACCAGCCUUAUAAUUUAUUUGCAGUUUUCUAAUCCAUUUGGAGUUCCCCGAUUCCCACUUCAGAUAGCAUGCUUCUGAGUCCAUUUGUCGUUCCCAGCUCACUAUGUUUCCGACUAGACAACUUUAGCCACCAAAAUUUCUGGUUAUUCAGAUCACACUUUUCAUCGGUACAAUGCAGAAAGGUGUGUGUUGAUGAUCCCAUUAUAAAGGAAAGUGUCGAAAAGAGCCUUUCAUGCUUAUCUAAAGACUACACUAAUUUUCUUCACAUACAAUGGGUAGUGUUUAUUUCAAAGAUAAUUUUUGCUCAGAAUAAUUUUCACAUCUUGUUCCAGAUUGAUUCAUACACAAUCAUAUUUCACAUUUUGCAUUUCUUUACUGAACUUGAAAAUUGUAAAUCUGAGUUCUCUUUUCCAUCCUCUGUGAGUCCUUUUGUCAUCUUAUACAGACUGUUUUCAGCACACAUUCUUCAUGUUAAUUCUUUCAUUUUUCAUUAUUUUAUUUGACAAAAAAGACAACUUUGGCUCCAAAGUUUGCUUUAUGUCUUCAGGCUAGAUAGGUAUGUCGCACGUUACGAUGAAUUCAGUUACAAUUCAACCAAAUGGAGGCCAAGCGUCCCAUGUGUGGAUCAAUGGAAAGCUUUUAGGAACUAAUUGG